UCGCCAGUAGCCAGACGGUGCUCGCUCCCGUCCACCCGCGGCGCAGCCAUGGGGAAGCGACAGCAUCAGAAGGACAAGAUGUACAUUACCUGUGCUGAGUACACGCACUUCUAUGGUGGCAGGAAGCCAGACAUCCCCAAAGCAAAUUUCCGCCGCUUACCUUUUGACCACUGCAGUCUCUCCCUACAGCCCUUCAUCUACCCAGUAUGCACCCCCGAAGGCGUCGUCUUUGACUUGCUGAGCAUCCUGCCCUGGCUCAAGAAAUACGGCACCAACCCCAGCAAUGGAGAGAAACUAGACCGGAAGUCCCUGAUUGACCUGAAGUUUGCAAAGAACAGCGAAGGGAAGUACCACUGCCCCGUGCUGUUCUCCGUGUUCACCAACAACACCCACAUCGUGGCCAUCCGCACCACUGGCAAUGUCUAUGCCUACGAGGCCGUGGAGCAGCUGAACAUCAAGGCCAAGAACUUCCGGGAUCUGCUGACCGAUGAGCCCUUCUCCCGGCAGGACAUCAUCACCCUGCAGGAUCCCACCAAUCUGGACAAGUUCAAUGUCUCCAACUUCUUUCACGUGAAGAAUAACAUGAAGGUGACGGACCCAGAUGAGGAAAAGGCCAGGCAAGACCCGUCUUACUACCUGAAGAACACCAACACGGAGACCCGCGAGACCCUGCAGGAGCUCUACAAGGAGUUCAAGGGCGAUGAGGUGCUGGCCGCCACCAUGAAGGCCCCCGAGAAGAAGAAAGUGGACCAACUGAACGCCGCCCACUACUCUACCGGGAAGGUCAGUGCCUCCUUCACGUCCACCGCCAUGGCUCCUGAGACAACGCAAGAAGCAGCUGCCAUCGAUGAAGACGUGCUGCGAUACCGGUUCGUGAAGAAGAAGGGCUACGUGCGCCUGCACACCAACAAGGGCUGCCUCAACCUGGAGCUGCACUGCGACCUGACGCCCAAAACCUGUGAGAACUUCAUCAGGCUCUGCAAGAAGAACUACUACGACGGCACCAUCUUCCACCGGUCCAUCCGCAACUUCGUGAUCCAAGGAGGUGACCCCACCGGCACUGGCACGGGUGGAGAGUCGUUCUGGGGAAAGCCGUUCAGAGACGAGUUCCGGCCCAACCUGUCGCACACGGGGCGGGGCGUCCUCAGCAUGGCCAACUCGGGGCCCAACAGCAACAAGUCUCAGUUCUUCAUCACCUUCCGCUCCUGCGCCUACCUGGACAAGAAGCACACCAUUUUCGGGCGGGUUGUCGGGGGCUUCGACACCCUGACUGCCAUGGAGAACGUGGAAAGUGACCCCAAAACUGACCGUCCCAAGGAGGAGAUCCGCAUUGAGUCCAGCGUGGUGUUCGUGGACCCCUAUGAGGAGGCCGACACUCAGAUAGCAGAGGAGCGGAAGAAGACCCAGCUGAAAGAGGGGCCAGAGGAGCCCGUUGCAAAAAGCAGCCAGCCCCAGCAAGGGGCCCCAGGAGCCCAGACCUACCGCCAGGGGGUGGGCAAGUACAUCAGUCCAGCAGCCACGAAGCGGGCAGCCCAGGACGAGCCGUCCACCAGCACAGUCACCCCCACAGCCAAGAAGAGGCCCAGUCAGGGCUUCGGGGACUUCAGCUCCUGGUGACCCACCUGAAGGCCACGCUGCGCCUCGGAGAGAGCUCUGCCUGUGACCUGGACCCCUCCGCUAUGAGCCCCCCCAGUUCCGUACCUGCCCCACGAUCCUCAGCCCACGUGCCCCAUCAGCACCAGCACCCUCAGUCCGUCAUCCUCCAUGCAGCCCUUCACUCCGGGACGGGACUGCCUCCUCACGUCCCUCCUUGUCUCUGCCAAGACUUUCGUUCUCUGCGUGGCCCCGCCGCGCACUCCUUUCUCAAACGUGUCCUGGCUCGCGUGCCUUUUCUUGCCCACCCUCCCCCCACCCAGCUCCUCUGCAGAGGGGUGCUCCAGGCCACACACCCCCGCCCACGUCAAGGACCACCUUCAGACGGACAUUGGGAUCAUCUGCCCCUGACUGGUGACCGCACAAAGAAGACAGCCAGGCAAGGGCAGCGCUGGGGCACCAGGCGUGGGGCGAGAGGAGGGCAGCCUGACCCCAUCUGGUGGCCACUGCCCUGCUUAUGUCGCAUGGUCCAGCAGCACUGAAGUAGGAGCUCAGUGCGUGUGCUGGGGCCCACCCAGGAGACCUGGCUUCUGUAGUCAGUACCAUCUGGGAGGGAGGGCCCACGCCCAUGGGCAGCUAUUCCUGUCGUCCCAGGCCUGCAGAAAUGGACAUGGUCGCCCGAGCUCCACAGCCCUGCUCCAGAAGGCCUGGUGUAGGCCGCUCCUGCCCCACAGGGCUGGGGGCGCCAGGAGAGAGGCUCUGUGCCCCAGCCUUUGGUUCGUGACCCUGCGGCCCCAGCUCAAACAAUUAUUUUCUAAAGUGUCAGGCCACUUCAAUUUGUUAAGUACUCGGUGAGCUCAUUCAGCCAAUUAAAGGGCUUUUGAGAAAA